GUUUUGUUUCUCCCUGCUUAGCCGUGGUGAUGACGGCAAGUUUAAAAAAAACCCGAAAAAAGCGUGGGCAUGUUUCCGCGGGACACGGUCGUGUAGGUAAACAUAGAAAGCAUCCAGGUGGUCGCGGAAAAGCAGGCGGCCAGCAUCACCAUAGAAUUAACUUUGACAAAUAUCACCCCGGCUAUUUUGGGAAGGUUGGUAUGCGCCAUUUUCAUCUGACACGUCAGAAGUAUUACAGGCCCAUCAUCAACUGUGAUAAACUUUGGACUUUACUGCCAGCUGGCUCUGUUGAAAAGGCUCAAGGGAUGACUUCUAGAGUAAUGGUUAUUGAUUGUGAUAGAGCAGGAAUUUUCAAGGUUUUAGGAAAAGGCCGUCUUCCUCCUAUAAAAGUGGUGGUGAAAGCUAGAUUUUUUAGUAAAAUAGCCGAGCGGAAAAUUAAAGCUGCAGGAGGCCAAUGCGUUCUUACCGCAUAACCAGUGGAGAGACUUAAACUUUUUGUAGAUAUUUGAAUUGCUGGAAAUCCUGAGUUACAAUUUAAUAAAGUAUUUACCUACUGGAUC